GCGCAUGCGCGUGUAAAGUAUACGUCAGCUCUUCUCCAUUAACCGUCUUCUCAGAGCUACGUGGCCCUCACUCCUCGGACUGUCUUCUCGUCAAACACGACCUCAGACUCGCCUAAACACCAUGGAUCAGGUAAUGCAGUUUGUUGAGCCCAGCCGGCAGUUCGUCAAAGACUCAAUAAGGCUCGUAAAAAGAUGCACAAAACCCGACAGAAAAGAAUUCCAGAAAAUUGCCAUGGCCACAGCGAUUGGGUUUGCCAUCAUGGGCUUCAUCGGCUUCUUCGUCAAACUCAUUCACAUCCCCAUCAACAACAUCAUUGUUGGUGGUUAAAUCCUGGUCAAACAAGAACACAAACUGCAAAACCCGGGGACAGGAGACGAUGGUGAAAAGUGUUUAUGGGGCUGGUGUGACAGGGGACUGAAGGGAUGGCAUUUUUACAUUCUGUGCACAACAUUUAUAUUUCGCUGUGUAAAUAAAACAAUGGAAACCCACA